CAAUAGCAUUAGCAAAUUAUCUUGAAAUUAAUAAUCAUAAUUUAACUUCAAUUCAACAACAGAUUAAAAUUUUUUCAGAUAAUACGGAUGUCUUAAAAAUAAUUAAUAAUGAAGAUGAUCAAAAUCAAGAUUUUGAACAAAUUGAAUUACAAAUAGGAUCUGAAAAUAUUAGAACUGCUGCAUUUGAAGUUUCUCGACUCUUAUUAGACAAAUCUAAUGAUAAAAAUCGUAUAAAUAAACGAAAAGAUCGUUGGGAAGGAUGUAAAAGACUUGCAACUAUUCCAAUAACUGCUAGAAUUAAUGUACACAAUAUUAUCGAUGCAAAUAUGUUUACUAUUCAUCCUUUAGUCUUAAAUGGAUAUUUAAUCAUUUAUUCUGAUAAAAAACUUUGUAUUGCUCAAAUUAUUUCAAUAUAUGAAAAGCAAGGAGAACGACAUGCUUGGAUAAAUGGAGAUGUUGAAUCCUUGGAUCACCUAUCUUAUCUUUCAGUUAAAAUUUAUUUGAAUUUUUAUAAUAAUCUUUGGACUAAUACAUGUGAAGUAGGAGGGAAAUUAGUUGGUCACAUUCCAGUAAAAGAAGUCUUAUAUUAUUUUAAUUUACCUCUUUUUAUUGAUUCUCAAGAUUCUUUUUUUACUUUAACAACAGAAGCUAUGGAAGUUUUUCGGCAUUUCAAAACACCUGAAAUGAUAUUAUAUCUUACAAAAAUUUUUCUUAAAUAA